UUUUAACCUAUUGGUUGAUGGCAUGCGUCUUUAUUCACUGUUGGAAACAGCUGCUGCGUGGUGCUACCUACAUAAAGAUAAACUGCGCUUGCCUGCGAAGAUCGCCCUUUGACGAUCUCCCCCAUACCACGGUUGAUCAUCGGCGGCUAACUAACUAACCUACUGGGCCACAAGCUGUGAUCGAGUCUCAUAUUCGACGUACGUUGAAAUAUAAGUCGAAAGAGCCUGCCACGGUGCGGUAGAAUGGUUUUGUUGUUUCUCUAGGCGCAUGAUAGCAUUGACAGUCCGAGGUUUCGGUUUGCAUUGGCUUUUUUUCGUUCUUUGUUUCUCCACACACUGAGACGAACCGCCUGUUUCUUUGUCCGCGCAAACAACUUGAAAAACCGGGAAAGCAAGCCGAGUCCUCGACUCGCAGUCUGUCUUUCUUCCUCAAGGCGGGCUGUCUCGCCUAGAAAUCGUCUUCGCAAAAAAAAAAAAAAAAAAAAAAAAAAAAGAAAAAAGAAAAGAAAAAGGACACUCUCAUAGCAUCUGAUAUACUUCCAAAAAGGAUGCGAAACCUAAAGUUUCUAAGGCUGAAGGAGAAGGUGGUGAUCAAAGUGCAGCAAGAUAUCCAAAUAAUGUUCGAAGAUGGAGAUGCAAACGGCGAUGGCUUCCCACCAUCCCAGUCCACCUCACUUCCGCGUGCGACAGAAUCGGAUUCGAACAUGGAGUCAAUUCAAGAACCAAGCACCUCACUAUCUCUUUCAUUACCCAGCAGCCCGACCCCCAAGACGCUAUCAACCCCACCCUCGCAGUUCGUACAUUGCGGCUGCAAGCCUUUCGCCGAUAGAAGCCCCAUUCGCAUCUGCCGGCCGUGCUACGACCUAUCAUCUGACGAUGACAGCGCUUUUUCCAACCUCGAAGUCCAACCGGAGCUUGUAACUCCGGGUGUCGUGGCGGUCGUCGCCGUACUACUUUUCCUCGUCGCCGUCGCCCUGGUGGACCUCAGCCACUGGGUUUGGAAUAGACUUCACAGACAGCCGAUCAGUCUGUCGGAGUGUGAGAAGGGCAAUGGCGUCGCAAUUGAGGAUGAUGAAGACCUGGACAAACUCUACGAGGAUGAUCAGCUUAUUCCUUAAUCCCAUGCGGAUACGGAAUAUGCUUUUGUUCAUUACAUCGCGAUUUUACAUUGUACCUGCGCGCGCACGGCAGGUGGAUUACUAUGCAAGGGCUUGUACGGAGCAUGUAUAUACGAUUAUUUUGAUUAUCUGCAGCGGCGGGCGUCGUACCGGAUUUUGGUGGCAUGGGCGUGAAUGGGACGGGAAAGCAAUUGUUUGCCUUUUUUUUUCCCCUUCCUUUUUUACUGCUGAUUAACUACUCCAUACUGUAGUUAUUAAUUAGGACUGGGCUAUUUUGGGCGGCUUUGGAUGGGAGUGUGAAACUAGGGACUUCGUGUGUUCCC